GGCCUCUGGUGGCGGUAGGGAACUGGAGGGGAGGCGGCAACAUUGUUUCAAGUUGGACAAAUUGACAAGAGCGAAAGAUACACUCCGUUCCAUCCCGACCUGGGGCCGCAGAGCUGGGCCCUGUUUCCCCCUCCUCCACCCCGCGAGAGCCGGGGCCCGCCUUUUGCAGGGUUCCCAGGCCCCCGCUCCAGGGCCGGGCUGACCCGACUCGCUAGCGCUUCAUGGAGAACUUCCAAAAAGUGGAAAAGAUCGGAGAGGGCACGUACGGAGUUGUGUACAAAGCCAAAAACAAGGUGACGGGAGAAGUGGUGGCGCUUAAAAAAAUCCGCCUGGACACUGAGACGGAGGGUGUACCCAGUACUGCUAUAAGAGAGAUCUCUCUGCUUAAGGAGCUUAACCACCCUAACAUUGUCAAGCUGCUGGAUGUCAUCCACACAGAAAACAAACUCUACCUGGUUUUUGAGUUUCUGCAUCAGGAUCUGAAGAAAUUUAUGGAUGCCUCUGCUUUGACUGGCAUUCCUCUUCCCCUCAUCAAGAGCUAUCUAUUCCAGCUGCUUCAAGGCCUAGCCUUCUGCCAUUCUCAUCGGGUUCUGCACCGAGACCUUAAACCUCAGAAUCUGCUUAUCAACGCAGAGGGGGCCAUCAAGCUAGCAGACUUUGGACUAGCCAGAGCCUUUGGAGUCCCUGUUCGUACUUACACCCAUGAGGUGGUGACCCUGUGGUACCGAGCACCUGAAAUCCUUCUGGGCUGCAAGUACUAUUCCACAGCUGUAGAUAUCUGGAGCCUGGGCUGCAUCUUUGCUGAAAUGCACCUAGUGUGUACCCAGCACCAUGCUAGGUGCUGUGGGGAACACAGAAGAAAUGGAAGACACAGUCUCUGCCCGCUGUGCUCCUAUCUAGAAGUGGCUGCAUCACAAGGAGGGGGGAUGACCGCAGUGUCUACCCCACACCCCGUGACCCGCCGGGCCCUAUUCCCUGGAGAUUCUGAAAUUGACCAACUUUUCCGGAUCUUUCGGACUCUGGGGACCCCAGAUGAAGUGGUUUGGCCAGGAGUUACUUCUAUGCCUGAUUAUAAGCCGAGUUUCCCCAAGUGGGCCCAGCAAGAUUUUAGCAAAGUUGUUCCUCCCUUGGAUGAAGAUGGACGGAGCUUGCUAUCGCAAAUGCUGCACUACGACCCCAACAAGCGGAUUUCGGCAAAGGCAGCUCUGGCUCACCCUUUCUUCCAGGAUGUGACCAAGCCAGUACCACACCUUCGACUCUGAUGUCUUCCCCCAGCCCCUACCCCAAGUCUCAUCCUCUCCUCCAGCAGGGGCCUGAUUUGGCUUGGCCCUGGGCUAUUUGCCCUCUGAUCUUGUCUGGCUGCCUUAACACCCACCUCCCCUUCUUAGCCAGCCAACUCUGGGGAUAUAAGGGGUGGAGGGGAGAAAUAGGUGAAAAUGAAAGGAAGCU